AUGCUCGGAGUGAAGCCUAUCCUCUGCCAAACCUACCCCGAAGCCGCCUUCGUCCUCUUCCUCGAAUGCUGCACUCCGCUCAUCACCCCAAAGACAAAAGCCACCUCCCUCGUCCUCGUCGCUCCCAACAACUCCACUGGCGCGAUCUACUCCCCUGCAGCUUCCACGCACCCUUCACCCGUCUCACAACAGAUCAAGGCAUGGCCUUUAUUCCUGCCUAGACCCACCGCGACCUAA